CCAAGAUCAAAACCCGCAGAUAGUACAGGAGAACAAUCAGUCGAUUGGAAGAAAAAAAACCCGUAAAACUCUUCGGGAUCGGCCACACCAGAGGUAUCAGGAAACGAUUGUUCGUUGGUAGCGAGUUUGGAACGAAUCUGCUGUCGCCGGGCCGACCCAAGAUGCAAAUUUGACCGUGUCUGGGUGUGUGUGAAGUCAUUUACAACGAAGCGCGCUUAUCAGUAGCCGGGUCAGAGGCAGGAGACGGCGGGAACAUUGUCGUUCAAGUGCCCUCAACAAAAUAAUCGCUCGUACACUCCAGCCCGCAGCCCAGCAAGCCGCGAUCGCGUCCCGUGUUUCCCCGUCCACGCACACGGCUCAGUCUCGCACGGCCAGUGAAACCGAAAGCACCUCCACCUCUAAGUAGGCGCCCCUGGCGACGAUAGCACUCCGAGCUUACAUAAUCCUCAUCGUCACCUUUCUGCUGUAACCAUGGCUACCACCGAACUACCUCGCGUUAACCUGGAUGAGCCGCGCUACGACCAGAGUACGUACCUGAACCGUGCCAAGCACUUCCUCGUCGUCACCAAUCCGCUGAAUGCGUUCGCCACCGAGGAGCAGCUCGACCGGGCUGCCCGUAUCGUCCGCGACUAUCGUGCCGGAAAACCGGUACCGGAUGUGCGGAGCGUCGAUGAACUGUGGAGCGCCAAGUACCUGUACGACAGUGCGUUCCAUCCGGAUACGGGCGAGAAGAUGUUGCUGGUGGGCCGGAUGUCGGCCCAGGUGCCCAUGAACAUGACCAUCACCGGCUGCAUGAUGACGUUCUACAAAUCGACGCCGGCCGUCAUCUUCUGGCAGUGGUUCAACCAGUCGUUUAACGCGGUCGUCAACUACACCAACCGUUCUGGCGCCUCUCCCAUCAGCCAGGAGCAGCUUGUUACCUCGUACUGCAUGGCAACAGGUGGCGCUCUCGUGACCGCCCUUUCGCUUAAUCGUCUCGUGCGGAAUGCACCACCACUGGUCGGGCGUCUCGUUCCGCUGGCAGCCGUUGCCGCCGCGAAUUGCAUUAACAUUCCACUGAUGCGCAUUCAAGAGAUCAAGAACGGCGUCACGUUGCUGGAUAAGGAUGGCAAGGAAUUGGGUCAAUCUGUGCGAGCCGCCAAAGAGGGCAUUUCGGCCGUCACCUUUAGUCGUAUCCUUAUGGCUAUGCCUGGCAUGGUUUUUACUCCGGUCCUGAUGAACAGUCUCGAGAAACGCGGAUUCAUUCGCCGUUUCCCGUGGGCCAACGCACCGAUCCAGACGCUGUUCUGUGGGUUGUGUUUGACCUUCGCGACGCCGCUCUGCUGUGCGCUGUUCAGCCAGAAGGCGUCAAUCUCCGUAGAUAGCCUGGAGGAAGAGCUGCGAACCAAGCUGCGCAAGGAGCGCCCCGAGCUGGACGUAGUGUACUACAACAAGGGCCUCUAAGGAGGCAAGCGGAAAAUCCUCAACAGCCAUUGCCUCAGGAAAGCCUCCAUGGGUUCCAUGGACUCGGCGGAACGGCAUUUAAUCAAUCGCGGUGCAUAUCCAUUUUCUUUGAUCUGGCGCCUGCAGCAAGCAGGCCCGGGCAUUGUGGUUAGGAUAGGUUUUUAAGGAAACAUCCCCCUGUAACUCCACUUAUCUUUUUCGGCCAUAUGCGCUUGCUUACUUACUAGUGCAAUUUUCCCUUUCUCUCUCAAUCUCUCUUUGUUGACUAGUUUUUAGGUUCCUAUUGUGCUCGGUUAUAAUACGCGCUGCGAUGGCCUCCUCGUACGAUACGAUAGAACAUUUUCAAAGUGCACGUGACAAUAAGUGUGUGUAUUUACCUGUAUGUAUGUGCGUGUGUAGCUGUUCGGCCGUAUCAUGGCCAAUCAAUCGGACAGUGUAUACUCUGGCGUUGUUGAGCCUGCAUUUAACCUGCCCCUGAAACCAAUAAACCAUCAAGGUGAACCCAGAAUAGAAGCAAUGAAAGCAAUCACUUGUGGAAUUUAUCUUUCGUUUCCCGUUUUUUUUCGUUCGAAAAAUCAGGUGUUUCUAUGAUCAUAUUAGAUCCUGAAACCUAUCUAAGACCAUCUGAGACACUGAAGCUGAGACCUCCGUUAUCUUCUUUCACCAAAUUUAUCAACUUUAUGAAGUUCGCAUGUUUGAAUUUGUUAAGCAUCCACUUAUGGUCAAUAGGUUGCAUCGAAAAGGAACAGAG